AUGACGUCUGAAGCUCUCCCUCAUAUCGCUCAAGCUAGUUCCCCACCUGAUGCAGUUAAGUCGUUGACUAAGGGUAAAAAACUUCUCAACGCUGCUGAAUCUGUGCUGACUGCUAGUAACAAGGAUUCUACCUCAGUACCAUCUAAGAAGCUUCCACUGCGUGUGACCAAGGAGGUGCCAUCCAAAGCAUCACCUAUGAUGAGUUCCACAGAGCUAUCAUCUAUUCUCUCCUUGGAUGAGCCGGAACAUGUCUCCUCACAUCCAACCCUGAAGUUCAUCAAUUUUUCCAUACCGACAGAAGAGGUUGAUUUCACAAAUGUGGUAAAUCCGAGUCGCUACCUAUCAGCACUUCGACUUUGCCACAAGUUUUCUCAUGGAUGUGCCCUCAUUCGUCUUCAUUUGGCAACACUGAAUGGUCCAGCAGUGCUUGAAGCCGCACGGCUUCUUGCUGCUGCUCAAUUACGUCAUCGAUGUGCGCUUCAUUCUCAGCCGAGCGAGAACUCAUACAUGCAUGAUGUCGAUCUCCUUUCUCACGAACUGAGCAAAAGGUUCAAGUCAACUUCACUGCCUCAAUCUAUGGCUGUUGCAGUUAGUGAGUUUCGCUAUCAGUUCUUUUUUUACUUAGGCUCUGUAGGCUAG